AAUUCAAAACUAUUAUUUGCAAAAACGAAACUUAGAAAAUUGUUAAGAAAAAAUAGUACUUUAUUUGAAAAUCAAGUCACAUUCUUGCAAUUGAGUUUAUUGUUUUCAUUAUCAAAGUGUUUUUUUUCUUUCUCAUUGUAUAAUUUUGUUCGUUCGUUCAUUUUUAUUUGCACAAAAGGAAUCCCACACCCUUCCAUGAAACCUUCCCCUCCUCACGAGCCUUCUUGACCAACAGCCAUAAUUUGGCUCUGGCCUCAACAUCUUGUUUGAUCAGCGCCUCCUUGAUCCAAAGCUUGUUUUCUUUUAGAUAACGAGAGUCUUUCACAGCCCACCAAAUCACGUCCCUGUAGGUUCGCAUGGUAAAACGCAUGAUGAUGUUACGCGGUGCUCCGUCGGAUCUCCUUAGCCCCAGGCGGCGUACAACAUCAACUACAUCAUCCAACUUGUUCUGGAUACUAGGCAGGGGCGGAGCCAGGGGGCCCCCACCACCCCGGCAACUUUUUUGCGGAACCAUUUUUGUACACAGUUGUUCCCAUAUGGACGCAUUUCAACAGCGCACCUCAAACAAGUACUUCUCCACCCAAAAUGAAAGGUGGCUGUAAUACACUCAACUUGAAUUUCAACCACCAACCAGUGUUGCCAACUUGGCGACUUUGUCGCUAGAUUUAGCGACUUAUUUUCUAGCUACUAGAAAUACAAAUCUAGCUACUUUCUGAAUAAGCCUUGGCGGCUUAGCGAAACAUUCUGCUUAACGUCUAUUGCUCCGCGAGAGCGAGCUUUUGCCUUACCAGUGCAGCACCGCCUCUCUGUGUCUACUCUGUUCAGUGCGCGGUAGGAGAAGCAGCACAUUCAGUUCAGACCGCACUGACGCGUGAAUGAGAGAGGCAUGUACAAACAGUGUUUCCAAGAACUAAUCACUUUUUGACCUUGUUUGAGCAUUUAUGAUUUAAAACGCGUUGACUGUAUAGACGCAUAAACAAGAACACAGACGGAUUUUAGCUGUUCAACGAAAGUGACUGCUGGUGUGUAGUUUUAAUUGGUUGAGUUCACUCACUAUUACAUGCGUUUUUGUUGUCUGCCAACAGAAACAGAAAAAUAAGUCAUUAAGAACCUAUUUAUUGUGCAUUUGGGUGUAUUGUUGUAAUAUAAUACUGUAUACAACCGCUCAGAGAGUAGAGAUAUGAAGCAGACCUGAAGCACUUAGCUGUCAGAUUCUACGUGAUGACGUCACUGAUAUGCGCGUGACGUCGUCUGGCGACAUUUAGCGACUUUUCGGGCAGGCUUUAGCUACUUUCCAUUGAAAAGAGUUGGCAACACUGCCACCAACACAAUUACAGAAGAAGAAUAAGUAGUGUUGUUGUUGUUCGCGUGUGCUCCAACGGACUUUGCGCAUGCAGUAGGAGGACUGUCUGUUUCCCCGCCGCGAGAGAAGAGGUCACAGGUAAGUUAACAAGAAGAAUUAAGUUUAUUCACUAUGUUUGAAAUGUUUCUUGUCCUAAUUUAUGUAUAUUAUGGCUGGCGUGCUGAAGUUGAAACAGACAUGGUAAAGUUUGCUAAAUUAAUUUAGGCUGUUAAUUUAGCAGUAUGAAAGUCGCAAGCUAUAAACAGUUUCACUGUGUCAGUGUCAUUUAAAAGAGCGUUGUAGAAGGCCAUUAAAAGUAAAGUCAACUUUCAGUGCUGAUUUAGCUUAAUGGUGGUGGUCUGUCUGUGUCAUAUCCUUGAAAGGGAAUUAAAAUGUUUUGUUGGCAGUUGGCAGCCAAGUGAUAAUAUGCAAAGUAUUGCAAAGGAAUAUUUUUUAAAUGCUUUCCCAUAAUGUUAAGGUUACUAUAUUUUGGUUUCUCUGUGAUAUUGUAAUAUUUGUUUGAUAAAAGUGCAUUCUGGUAUAUUCUUAUGUCGUGUAAAUUGUCAUUAUUGUGUGAGCUUUAUCACCAAUUAAAAAGACACCACCUUCUGCAAUGCCACACUGUUUCAGAUCUUUUUUAAAUCAACGGUCGCGGGCCGCGCCCGCCCCCAGUGCCGUGUUUUCUGCAAGUGCAUGAGGAACUUAGUAAGACCUGGAACGCCCCCUUUCCGGCACGUGCAUGUCAAACAAAGUUCUGUCACCAUCUCUUCCCUCGAGGGUGAGACAGCUAGAGGAUACGUCGAUGUCCCCCAGCUGGAGUGUGCCGCCACGGUGCACUUGUGCCCGCAGGCGGCGGCCACCUGGGGGACUCGACCUAGACUCCCAUCCAAAGCAUGUGGGGUCUUGGCAUCUCUGGUGUCGAGAGCUUACAUUGCGGCAGACCAAGCUGCCUCCUCUCUCCACGCUAUGGCUACUGCCAGGAGGGUAAGACCGAGGGUAAGACCGACCCAGCGCUUAUGCAGGAACUCUGCGCCACCACCGACCUUGCUCUACGGGCGACCAAGGUGACCGCGCGGGCCCUGGGUCGAGUGAUGUCCACACUUGUGGUCCAUGAGAGACACCUCUGGCCGAACCUUGCACAGAUGAGUAACGCCGAGAAGGUCCGCUUUCUCGAUGCACCCAUCUCGCAAGGGGGCCCUCGGCCGUCGAGUCCCGUGCACCGUCUGCUUCCCAGCAGCCCUGGUCCUCUUCGACGCCCUCCAGCUCUGGCGCCCCCACUCAGGCGGCCCCCCGGAAGAGACAUCGAAGAGGAGACCAUCGCCGCGGCUGCUGAUGGGGAAAGCAGAAGCGGCCCUCAUGGGAAGACCCCAGGGAGAUCGAGAAUACCAUCGGGCCCGACCCCAGCCAUUCCAUCACUGGGUGGUCGAUCCGGGACGGUUCCUGCCCCGUCCCAAAAGCCCACUCUCUUAAGAGUUUCCUCUCUCUCUGGGUGUUUAUCACAGCCGCUCUCACCCUCUACACGACGGUGUUCGGCAACUCGAUGUUGCGUCACAGAGAGACCCAAUGUCGAGGAUAAUCAGCAGCCCUCAGCACUCUCAGUCGACAGUGCGUUGUGCUGCAUUAUCGCCAGGCAGGUAAGUCAGCAGAGCCAAUCUCCUCUCUGGGGGCUUCCCCACGGCAAGGAAUCCGCACUGCAAGCCAUCGAACCACCCCCUGGGAGGUCGAUGAAGCAGAUCGUACCCCUAGCCCCGGUCUCGGUCCCUGGGAGCCUGACUAGAGCCCCCAAACCGUCAUGGUGGCUACGGGAUACGAUCCGUCUCGGCUACGCGAUCUAACUCGUCAGACGCUCGCUCAAAUUCGGGGCAUCCUCUCAACCUCAGUCUGAGCCUAGGAUGCUCCCGUGCUUUGGGCCAGGGUCGCCACCCCUCUGGCAAGCGAUCGUGCUCGUCCCUCUAGCCGAGAUGUUCAACGGGUUUUGCAGCCCGUACUUCAUCAUCCCCCCAAAAAAGGGGGGGGGGGUUGCUAGAUCUGCGUACCUUGAACAGGCACCUACUCAAGCUGCCGUUCAGGAUGCUCACGCAGAAGCGCAUCCUGGCGUCUACCAGAUGUCAAGAUUGGUUCAUGGCAAUCGACCUGAAGGACGCUUACUUUUAUGUCUCGUUUUCGAGGGCGAGCAUAUCAGUACAGAGUCCUCCCUUUCGGUCUAUCCCUGUCCCCACGAGUCUUCACAAAGAUAGUGGAAGCCGCCAUCACUCCCCUCGGGGAGAGAGGUGUGCGGGGUACUAACUAUCUCGAUGACUGGCUCAUCUGGGCACACACGCAAGAUCUGUUGUGUACACACAGGGACCUAGUGCUCCGGCACCUAGAUCAGUUGGGACCACAGGUCAACCGAGAAAAGAGCAAGCUCUCCCCUGUGCAGGGCAUCCUCUUUCUCGGUAUGGAACUCGACUCUGUCUCCAUGACAGCGUGACUGACUCACAGCACGCUCAGUCAGCGGUCCCCCUGAAACUUUCAGAGGCUACUGGGCACAUGGCAUCCUCGGUGGGGGUGGUCACAUGCGACCGCUCCAACACUGGCUACAGAGUCGGGUUCCCUGGAGAGCGUGGCACACCUGCAGCAGGCGUAUGGUCAUCAUGCCUUUCUGCCGACGCACCCUGACCCCCUGGUCUUCAAUGACCUUCUUGCGUACAGGGUCCCCUUAGGGCAGGUGUCAAGGCACGUCGUGGUGACGACGGAUGUCUCCCUUCAGGGUUGGGGUGCCGUGUGCAACGGGCACGCAGUGUUGGGGCGGUGGACGGGCCCCCGCCUGCGCUGGCAUAUCAACUGCCUAGAGUUGUUGGCUGUGCUACUUGCACUGAAGAGGUUGCAUCCUCUCGUGCAGGGCAAGCACGUGCUGGUCCGGUCAGGACAGCACAGCUGCCGUUGCGUAUAUCAAUCGUCAGGGUGGCAUUCGCUCACGGCAGCUAACACUACUCGCCCGAUGCCUCCUCCUCUGGAGUCAGCAGGUGAUCAGCUCCCUGCGAGCCACACACAUCCCAGGCUGCCUGAACCAGACAGCCAAUGCGUUCUCUCGUCAGUCGACGCCUCGCGGAGAGUGGCGACUCCAUCCCCGCGCAGUCCAGCUCAUAUGGGAGAAGUUCGGCCAGGCGCAGGUGGACCUGUUUGCCUCCCCGGACUCCUCCCAUUGCCCGCUUUGGUACUCCCUGACCGAGGGACCCCUCGGCAUGGAUACCCUAGCGCACAGCUGGCCGCGGGGUAAGCGGAAGUACGCCUUCCCCCCCAGUGAGCGUCAUUGCACAGGUCUUGUGCAAGGCCAGGGAAGAGGAGCAUCAAGUGGUACUAGUUGCGCCCUAUUGGCCCAACUGGACUUGGUUCACGGAGCUAAGGCUCUUGACAACAACUCCCCCCUGGCCGAUCCCCCUGGUGAAGGACCUGCUUUCCCAGGGGAAGGGGCACGUUACGGCAUCCCAGGCAGACCCCUGGAACUUCCAUGUCUGGACGGGACAAGGAGAUCCUGAGUGGCCCACUCCCAGGGGUUGGGACUUCACUCAGGCUAGAGCCUCGGCCACUAGGCGGCUAUACGCCCAUAAGUGGCGCCUCUUCUCGUCCUGGUGCUCUUCUCGAAGAGAAGACCCGCGGAGUUGCUCGAUCGGGAACGUGCUGUCCCUUCCUCAAGAGAGACUGGAGAGUAACCUCUCCCCCCUCCACACUGGGAGUGUAUGUAGCCGCUACGGCCGCUCAUCACGACCUAGUUGCCGGGAAGCCUCUGGGACAGAACGACCUGGUCGUUAGGUUCCUAAGGGGCGCGAGAAGGCUACCGCCACAUCCGCGCUCCGUACCCUCUUGCGACCUAGGUGGCGGGCCUCAAGAGGCCCCCCCCCUUCGAGCCCCUCGGAUCUGCCGCUCUUUCUCACCUCACGAUAAAGAUGGCUCUCCUGAUGGCACUCACCUUCAAGAGGGUAGGGGACCUACAAGCACCCUCCAUGUCCACGGAUUGCCUAGAACUCGGGCCUGGUGAUUCUCACGUUAUCCUGAGACCCCGGCCCGGCUACGUGCCCAAAGUUCCCACCACUCCCCCUAGAGACCAGGUGGUGAACCUGCAGGCGCUCCCCACCGGGGAGGAAGACCCAACCCCAUUCGUGUUGUGUCCAGUAAGCGCGUGCACUGCGCCUCUACUUGGACCGCACGCAGAGCUUCAGAAGCUCUGAGCCGCUUUUUGUCUGUUUUGGAGGUCAGCAGAAGGGGAGGGCUGUCUCCAAACAGAGGCUGGCGCACUGGAUGCCAUCGCUACGGCAUACCGAUCUCAAGAUCGCCCCUGCCCGUUAGGAGUGAUGCACACUCCUCAUGGGCACUGGCUCAGGGCGCCUCUCUGGCAGACAUCUGCAGAGCUGCGGGUUGGGCUACGCCCAACACCUUCUCGAGGUUCUAAUAUCUACGCGUGGAACCGGUGUCAGCCCGCGUCCUGCAGGGCAACGUGUAGGACCGGCAGCCGGUAGAGCGUACACCUGCGAAAGCCCUCCCCAUUCCUCUAGGGGGAUCAGCGGCUAUUUACACCUCCCUUCUUUCCCCACUGGGUAAAGAACAGGCAUUCCAUCCAUCACUAAGCACCUUCCUGGGGGCAGGCUGGGCAGAGCAGCCCUGCCCCCUUAGGCCGGGGACCACAUAGCCCCCCCCCCCGUGGGCGGUUCCGUCUGAUGUAUCCUCAUGAAUGGUUCCCACCUCGGCAACCCAUGACCUCCCUAGGUGGACCUCCACCUUGCGGUUAACUGCUUCUAUCCGCACGUUUUCCCAUGAGUUCUCCCCUGAUGGUGAGACCAUGUGGUGUCUCCACUAAUUCCUCCCUAUGGUAGAUAGUGGUCUCUGUAGCGUUUUUCCCUCAGGGGGAAUAAUGCUUACCCAGUGGCCCUUACGGUGCCGGGCGGCUUCUCGCUGUUGGAGAAUCAAGGCCUCUGCCCGUGACGGCCGGUGGCAGGGGCUUCCCACCUUUUCUUCAAAAGCAUUGGGACCCCCUACCUCUCCACUGGACGGUUACAAUUUCGCGCUAGUGCUCACGUCUGACUCGCCCAGGCCAGUCAGCUUCACUCCGCUAGAGAUUGUGACGCGGCACAGCACUGUGGCGUUUUCCAUAGGAACCCCAUCUGUCGGCUCGACACAACGUCGAGAGACCGACAGAAAGGGAACUGAGGUUACAAACGUAACCAAGACGUUUCCUCUACAUUCCUGGUUACUUUGCAACGGCAAACACCACGAGAGCGCAAGCUCCAGUUUUAUACAAGUAUACACGAAAUAUGAACGACCCCUAAAUACGCCUCGAUGGAUCCUUACUGAGACACAAACCACUGUGCUGUUUACCACAUAAACUGUGUAUAAAACAAAGCCAUAAUUAGAAACCAACCUGUAUAGUAUGCGUGUCAUUGUGGAAUAACUCCCAGAAAAUAUUCCCGAUGACAUGAUGAGUUAACUGCUGCAACAGCUAAGGGUCCCGCUGCAGUUGUUUCAGCGCAGCACCGAUGUUAGCCAUUGCGAGCUGCCAGUCCUCCUGCUGCUAUCUUAGUCACGUUGUUCAUUUAACCUUUAUAUUUUCUGUUUUUGUGCUCCACUAUUGUACUUUUUUUCGGACAUUUUGCCGCUAUGCCAUCUAGCAAUGGCAGUGAGGUAAAUGAAAAUGAUUGACAUGAUUUCACCUGCAGCUGAUUGCAGAUGUGACCCAAACGUCACAUCUAUACAAUCACCGGCUUACCUUUUGCCAAUGAGGGUCUAUUUUUUGUUCCAGCUGAAGUAAAUUUAAAAUAAAAAAUCUUGCCAAUCAGAGGCCCCUAAACAGGUAGGCUCGCCUGUGCGUUAAUCCGCGCCUGAGUGUCAUCUUUUACCUGCAAUAAGAGAUGUUAGGUCAUUAAACAAUAUUGAAAUAUUUUCUAAAUCUCCAAUCUUUUUAAAACUACAUCUGCAGUUUUAGGUUUGUGUUCUUUAUAUUGUCAAGGUCAACCUUUAAAGACUUUUAAAAGUUUAUACAUGGAUGCGUGUUGUGCCUUUUGUGGAGAGAAAUCAAUAAUUCACAAUACAUUAAAAGCAAUAAAAUAGCUUAAUAUAAUAAUAUAAUAGUAAUAUUUUUCUCAUCUCUGUACCACGUUUCUUUGCAGACUCAGCAGAUGUAUGCCUUUCAGAUGAUGUGGACUCCUGCAACUGCUAAUGAGUUUAUCCAAUUUAAGAAAUGUUAUUGAAAUGGACAGUCCUCCAGACACUUUCCUCAGUAUCCUAUGCAGUGAACACUACCAAACGUCAAAAGCGCAGCUGUUCAGGGUGUUUUUCUAAAUCCCAUGCAAUUAUCAUAAAAUAUAACAUACAUUGUCAAAAACAUAUCAUGCAUAUUAUAAAAUGAUAAAAAUUCCUACAAUAAAUGUAGUUAUGUUCAAGACAAAAUCCCUAGGCAUUUUACCAUAGUAGAAUAAGCAAUCCCUGUUUCAUUGGCAUUCCUAUCACCAUAGUAUCCCUAUGGGGGAAACCAUGGGCAGCUCUUAUGCCCCCAGGGGUACAACUUACACCCAAUCUUGAGGUAUGUUCCUACAGAGCCUGCCCUUCUCGUCAAAUGUGGUAACACACAUUUCUACAACAUCCUCUCUUGGAGCUACGACCUGUCAAAGUUUGUCGCUAUGUUAAGUCUAUGGGAUUUUUCAGCAAGCACCACUAAGAAGUUUAAAUUAUAGAUCAGUAUGUUGGCUUGACAAAGUACGCAAGAUAACAAUAGUGAUGCUUUGCAUUCAAAAGUGUCAGUAAUUAUGUGGUGGACUUUCAUUGCAAUACAUAUUUCCAUUUCUUAAAUAGAAAAUACAGCGUAUUCUCACAAAAAAUCGAAAGUAUUUUACAAGGUGGCUAAUUCGUAUGUUUUUGUACAAUCGUAAAAAACACACACCAUCAAUAGAAAAAGCAAUACCUAAGGCCUGUAACUUGUGAAACUUCAACAAGCUUUCUUAGUGAGCACUGCUAUAAUUUGUAAAUGUGUGUAUGAAGAGUGGACGGAAAUACUGCAUACAGUAAAUGUGAUGAAAGACUAUGUGUAGCGUGUCGGAAUACAUCUGAUUUACUUGACAAAUUUUUUUCUUAAAGUAUUUCUGUUGUUGAGAAUUUUCUUUGGAACUGUUUUUUCCCAAAGAACUCUGAACUUUUUCAUAUUUUGGACUUAAUUUCUUUUGUGUUAAAGUUGUACUGAAUUGGUUAUCAAUUUCGAAGUGCAAUUAUUGUUGGGGAUUUUCUCUAGUGUACAGUGUUGUUAUCAUAUCUUUUCUUUUGAAGUGCCAGGAAAGAAAGCAUCUAAAAUAAUUUGCUUCACAAUACAUUUCCAUGGUUAGCAUUCAUUUUCUGUAUUAUUAUCAUAUUAUCAUAUAAUAUUAUCCUCCCCGUUCUUGAUAUUUAAAAAUUUCCAUUUACCAUCUGUGUGGUUGGUCUACGGAAAAAUGCAAACAUUACACCAUUAAUCUAUUGUCUUUUCUAAGGGUAUGGCAACAUUGCUCCAAGCACAGAGGGUGGGAAGAUUUUCUGUAUCCUCUAUGCAAUAUUUGGCAUCCCACUCUUUGGUUUUCUUCUGGCUGGUGUCGGUGAUCAACUGGGGACAAUUUUUGUGAAGAGCAUUGCAAAAGUGGAGAAGAUGUUUAGGCGCAAACACAAUCAGAUAAGCCAGACAAAGAUUCGAGUAGCCUCUACAUUGCUGUUCAUCUUGGCUGGCUGCAUUCUCUUCGUCACAAUACCAGCUAUCAUCUUCAAACACAUUGAAAGAUGGACUGGCUUAGAGUCCAUCUAUUUUGUGGUUAUCACCCUGACUACUGUUGGCAUUGGGGAUUAUGUUGCAGGAGGAAACAGAAGAAUAGAGUACCGUAAAUGGUACAGACCUCUGGUGUGGUUCUGGAUCCUGGUUGGAUUGGCUUAUUUUGCUGCAGUUUUAAGCAUGAUUGGAGACUGGCUGAGGGUACUUUCUAAAAAAACAAAAGAGGAGGUUGGUGAAAUUAAAGCUCAUGCAGCUGAGUGGAAAGCCAAUGUUCAAGCAGAGCUCCGUGAAACCAGGCGCCGCCUAAGCGUAGAAGUUCACGACAAACUGCAGAGAGCUGCUACUAUUCGCAGUAUGGAGCGCAGGCAGCUAGGUUUUGACCAGCGCGCCCAUUCGCUUGACAUGCUGUCCCCUGAACGUCGAGCUGCUUUCAACAGCUUGGAUGGCUCAAAUUUUAAGACAUCAUCCCAGGAGAGCAUUGAUACCAAGCUCAAUAUUCUACGUUUACGAGUUGAGCAGAGUGAACAUGGACAAAGCGACCCGAGCCAGGCACAUUCAGAAGAUAACAUCUUCAAUCGUCUCAGUUCUGUCACAAAACUAACCAAGAGGAACAAGAACCGAGAGCUGAGGAAAACUAUCCCAGAUGAUGGUCGAAAAGCUUUAGACUCCUUCAGUUGUAACAACCCCACAAUGGAUGAAGAGAAGAAAGAGGUAGAUGAUGGUGAACUUGAUAAAGAGGUGAACACCAGUCUGACCAACUUAGCUCUCUUUGUAGAAAGCCCCAAUAAACAAAAUGGAUUUAUUCCUCUACCACCGAAAACCAAAGAUGAAGAAAAUGAGAACAGACUUGAAGAUAAGAAUUUCAGUUUGCAGAUGGAGCCCUAGACUAAACAUAAAAAAUAGUGUAUACCAAAAGUGCCUUGUGUCACCCUUACCAUGUUCAGCUGUUGAUUUAACUGUUCACUGUGCAUUGAAAACUUGAUAACAGUAAUUUGGCAACAGUAGCACAUAGAAAUAAACAGGGCCCUUAUUUACAAAACUUUUUAUCUCAUCACUAAGAGCUCUCCUAAACAGCAGUAAAAGUUUUUUCCCUCUUAAAACCUAUUCACAACGCUGCUGAGAGCAACUUUUAAUGAGCAGAACGAAAUCUUAAGACAAGAGAAAUGGCGGGGUUGACCCCGUUUCUAUGGAUGAUGUCAGCAAGCUUACUGACAAUGCCCAAAGUGCUUGGCUGUUAGAAGAUGUGUCUCUGUCAGUAAUUUAAUCAUAUAAAUAUUAUAGAAUGAUCAUGCUGAUACAUUCAAAUAAAAUGUUUUAAAAUAUAAUCGUUGCCAUAUUCAGAUUAAGAUGAUAAAAUAUACGCUAAAUUACUAAUUAAACAAGUGAAGGGUCCAUUUUCAAAAACAAAUAACUUGUUGUAUGGUGCAUUCCAAUUAAUAUAAUCUGAUCUAAACUGAAGCUGGGUUUUUAUUAAGUAAUAUUAACUCAAAAACUAGCUAACAAACACAAUAAACACAUGAUAAAAAACAUGAUUGUUAAAAUAUUUUAAAAAAUGCAGUUUUUGCAAAUAAACUAUUAUGUUCAUAUAAAGAAUAUGUUCAGCUAAUUGUAAGCAUUUUGCCUGUCUGCAUCUCAAUUAGCAGAUAUUAGCAGUCUUUGUGUUUAAAGCUGCAGUCCUUAACUUUGGCCUCUUUGUCGCCAUCUCAGUAUGAAACAUAAAAUGUCAGUUAUAUGCGGAGUUGUUUUCUUUAUGUGGGUUGUGCUUUUGCACUGCUGCUCUGUGCGGAUGAAUCGAGAUUGACUGCUAAAUGACUGACUGCUCACACUGCAUCGGAGCACAUCUGUACAUCAACGACAGUAACAUGGAACUGUGUCUAUAACGGAUACAACGCGAACCGUUUAAAAACAUCACUAUAGAUAUAGAUUAAAUUGUAGCGUUUGAUAUCGCGUCCCACCUGAUGUAGACAAAAACUCUAAAUAACAUGAAAACAUGUCAUCAGAACACAUACAAUUAUACACCGCUUUUGUUCUGACUACAUGAAACAAAGACUUUUAAAAAAUAAAUCACGAUAUUGACGUCUUACCUGUUAAUGCAAUCCUUUCAGAUGUCGGAGCCAACUCUCAAAAUCCCUGUCGAUAUUACCUUUUGCUUUAGCACGAAGCUGUCACUUUAGCUCUCUGGAAUGCAAGGUUACUUUGUUAUUAACAACAGAUGAUCAUCCAGAUAUAAUCAGCUCCAGAACUUAAUAAAUUAAGAUGUUUACAUGACAUUCCCCAGAUGUUCGAUUUAAACACAGCCAUAUAGAUGAUGAUAUAAAUUCCUAGCGACCGUUAUACAUUUCUAUGAAUUUUCUUAGAGUUCUGUCACUAGGAGCAACCUUUUGCGAUAAGAUUUUUCAUGAAUACGGCCCAGUGCCUGUAUGUAUAAAACUUCUCAAAAAUGCUUUUUAAGAGUAGUCUUAAACUUUGACUUAAGUGUCAAAAAAUUCUUAGUAAGAAGUAGGACUUUUUUAAUAGAAUGAGACUUUUAUAUAGAAGCUAAAAGCAACUUUCAGUGAAGUUUAAGACUGAUUCUUAAAUUCUGACUUAAGUGUUGUAAAUUAAGGACUACAACGAUUUACACACAAAAUGGCCGCCCUUGGUCUCUGAAUCAGCCAAUAGGGAGCCUGAAAGGGUGAAGUCACAGCAGCAUGGCACCAUUUAUUCAUGACUGAAUUAAGACAAUACUUAAUUCAGACAUUACAUUACUAUUUUAUAGUUUAAUUUUUUUAUUAAUUUAUAUAUACAGCUGCAAACCUUAACUUAUUUGGGUAAAAUAAACCAACAUUUAGUUGACAGUUCUUAUGGUCAGUCAGUGUAGAAAAUUGUCUGCCUACCUUCCCCUGAUUUAAAACGGUAAGCUUAUAAUAGUGAUUGAUAUAUUGAGCUGUAAGAUUUUGUGGGAAAUGUAACAUCGGUUGACUUCGAUCAUAUGAAGAUAAUUACAUAAAGCUACCUGCAAUUUCAUUUUUCAAACAGAGAUGGCAACAGAGAUGCAAAAGUAAAAAAUUGCAGUUUCAAAAACGUAUUUUUCAUUAUGCGCAAAAAUAUUACAAAUACAGUAUGUGUCCAUUUUGGCUUGGUUUCAUACACUUUUAAUUGAGUUUUAACAGAUAAUUUAAAUAAUUAAGCUGCUGAAUCACAUCCUAUUACACAAAGCUGUAUAGGCUAUAUAAAGAAAAGACCAAAGCUGCAAAUCCUUAAAAAAAUUAUAUUUUUUACAUUAUCAUAUUAUUUCAUUAACUCCCUGUCAUCAUAUCAUUCCAACACAUUGUUUCUUUGUUGUAAAGUCCAUGGUCUCUGCCUCUGUACUGCCAUCUUGUUACUCUUAACUAGGUUAGGAGACCUCUUCAGCUCUCUUAGAUAAUUUAAAAGCUGAGACCUAAUCUUAACACCUAUGAACUUUUAUGAAUCACUCUUAUUUUUCAGUGUAAGAAUUUUGACUCUGAAUGGCUUUGUACAUACGGCCCUGGUCUUUUUUCAGUCCAUUCAAUUAUAAUGGUUGUAUUCAGUUGAGUAGGAAAAUAUAUUGAAGAGUAACUUGAAAACCAUAGCAAGCUAUGUGGAAAUUUAGUUGCAAAUGACUGACAAGGCUACAGUUUGGUAAAACCAGGCUCAGCUCUGUACUUCUAGGUCAUUUGGUAGAAAACUGAACUUCUUAAAAAAACUGUUUUGAGGCCCACUCAUUCUACAAGAAGAAACUUGCAGUUCCUGGAGACUCAUACACCCUAUGACUAAAGAUGAUAAAUAUGGACACUGUAUAUGCAUGAAGCAAUAAUGUCCUAUAAGUAAAGUGCAUUGAUAUGUGAUAGAUUUAUGAAGUUAACCCAUGAAAUCUCAAGGCUUGUAGUCUUGCUGUAGAAAUUAAAUUGUUUGUUAUGUCUGACAUACAAAUGCUGCUCUCUCUCGCUCUCGUUUUGAAGUUCUUGUUGGUUUAAUUGAAUGCUACUAGACAUUCUAUGAUUAUGUGGAUGAAGUAAAACCUUAUAUUAAGACUUAUAUGAAGCAGACAUGUGUAAAAUACUUACAUUUCAGCCUAAUAAUUUGAACAGAAUUGAGAUACCGUUCCAUUUUGGAUUCACAGAAUGUUAUUUAUGUGUGGUCAGAAACCCAUGGUUUAUAUAAAAUGCCUGUGCAGUAAAAAUAUCAUGACAAUAUCACAAGUUUGUUUCUGCUACGAUUAUUUUCCUUUUACUUUCAUACAUAUAGCAUUACUGAUGCUCCGAUAAGUGAUGAAAUUGCUUUGCUUCUGACCCAGGAGCAUCUAACAUGUUUGUGAUGAAAAAAAAUGUCUCUUUGUCUGAUGUGUUAGCUGUCGUGAUGACAGUAUAAAAACUUCCAGGCAGAACACCCUACUAGUACCUCAUUCCCACCAACCCAUAACUGCACAAACAAACGUAUAUAGCUGCAGCAAAGCGCUUGUUGUAAAGCUAAUAGUCUAUUAUCUUUUCUUAUUUGCAACAGUCAGAAAAACAGAUAUUUGUUUGAAAAAACAGAUAUUUGAGGUAAAAAGGUAAAAAAAGUAACCUUUUUUAAAGCAUUAAAACAAGAUCCUUAUAAGCAUGAUAUUGUUGUGAUGUUAUCAUGCUAUGGUAUUAACUGUGCUACAAACAUGCUUUCUGAGAUUUUUAUUUGUCCAAGUUUGAGCUCUACAUUGGCUCUACAUCUACAUGUUAGUAAAUUGCUAUGUGCAGUAUGCAUAUGUGUGUAUAUAUAUAUAUAUAUAUAGAGAGAGAGAGAGAGAGAGAGAGAGAGAGAGAGAGAGAGAGAGAGAGAUUUUGAUUCCAAAAUUAGUUAACUUUGUUUUUGAAUUUUUUCAAAAAUCAUGCUUUUUAUUAUGUUAUCAUGUUUUUAUUGUGUUUUAUUGUGUUAGUUAGCUGGUUUUUUUGUGUUAUUAUGGCUUAAAUCAAUCAGUUUGAUUGAUAUUAAUUGGAAUGCACAAUAAAAAAAAAAUGA